UAAUUGUCACUGUUUUUGAUGAGCUCCUCCCUGAGGGAACGUUUGUUUAGGGGGUCGGUGUGGUGGCCCGGAACAGAGUGAGGAGACACCAGAAACAAGGUGGUUGUGACGGUCGGUGUAUGUGCGCAGCCAGAGCUCCGGGGCCGCUAUGAGCGGGAAGACACCGCUGUCUCCGUCCCAGGAACCAGGCCCGCCGACUCGUCGCUACCGCUACCGCCACCGCCAGAGUGGUGUGUUCGCCUGGGUCCACGGCCGUUCGAUGGGCCGCGGCCUCGGGCCGCUGGUGGACCCCGGGCGGGAGACCUACUGCAUCAUGACCAGUCUAUACGGCUCCAUGAACCCCGCCGACUCGGUAACUCUCAGCACCAAGACCCAUGGAGCCGCCUUCAACCUGGAGUACUCACCUGACGGAUCUGUGUUAACAGUAGCAUGUGAGCAGACUGAAGUUCUUUUGUUUGACCCAGUUUCUUCAAAACACAUCAAAACUCUGUCUGAAGCUCAUGAAGAUUGUGUCAAUAACAUCAGGUUUCUUGAUAACAGGCUCUUUGCAACUUGCUCUGAUGAUACUACAGUAGCACUGUGGGAUUUACGUAACCUCAACUCAAAAGUCUGCACGCUGCAUGGCCAUACUAGUUGGGUAAAGAACAUUGAAUAUGAUACAAAUACAAGACUGCUGGUAACAUCAGGAUUUGAUGGGAACGUAAUCACAUGGGACACAAAUAGAUGUACAGAGGAAGGCUGUCCACAUAAGAAAUUUUUCCACACCCGCUACCUGAUGCGAAUGCGUUUAACACCAGACUGUUCAAAGAUGCUAAUAUCAACAUCAUCUGGUUAUCUUCUAAUUCUUCAUGACCUUGAUUUAACGCAAUCAUUGGAAGUUUCUAACUAUCGCAGUUUGAGAGGCAAGCGUUCUGCUUCAAAUACAGAUUUAACCAUGUCGUCUUGCAGCUUACCUGGUUUACGAUCACAACAUCAUCAAAUAAGCACAAACCAGAACUCUGAAAAAGACCCAUCACAGUCUUGUGUUCGGAUGGAGAGAGAAGCUGAAUUUCCAAGAAAUAGCCUUGAAGUUUUAACACCAGAAAUUCCUGCAGAAAGAGAUCGAGGGAAUUGUAUCACAUCAUUACAACUCCAUCCCAAAGGCUGGGCUACAUUAAUUAGAUGCACUAGCAUCACUGAUGACCAAGAGUGGACGUGCAUCUAUGAGUUUCAGGACGGGCCUCCAGUUCGUGCAUCUGCCCCUCGUUGCUCCCUCUGCCUUACGCACUACAUUGAAGAGGCUAAUGUGGGUCGUGGUUACAUUAAAGAACUUUGCUUCAGUCCAGAUGGCCGACUGAUUUGCUCACCUUUUGGUUAUGGAAUCCGCUUGUUGGGUUUUGAUAGCCAGUGCAAUGAACUCUGUGAUUGCUUACCCAGAGAAGCCACUGCACUGCAGGAAAUCAGAACUAUUUAUUCUCAUAGUGAUGUAGUGCUUACAACGAAGUUUUCACCAACUCAUUGUCAGCUUGCCUCUGGGUGCCUUAGUGGACAAGUUUACCUAUACCAGCCAAAGUUCUAAGUGACCUGAAAUACUUGCAAGAAGUGUUGAACAUCAAGCAAAAGCAAAUUGUUUCAAUAAUUAGUAAUUGAUGUUUAAGGUAUUUGAUGUCAGGGUUCAAAAUCCAAAUUUAACAUCGGUUUCAGUACAGUACAAUAAACCAUUAAUUCUCAGCAUCAGCUGCAGAAGUACAUACUAUUUCUUCUCUGACGUUUCCUAUAAAGAAUGGUCUUUUCCUCUGCUAUUAAUGUGAAUUAUAUCAGUGCAUUGUAUGGUAAGUUUGUUUGCUUGCUUUUGUACAUAUAAUCUUGAAAAAUGCAGUUCAGUUAGUGAAAAGCCAAAUGAGUUUAAAAGCACUGUUGGUCCAUUCAUAAACAUUACAUUUCAGCUUGUAUAAUAUUCAGCUUCUGUUUUUGUUCAAAUGCAAUGCUAGCAAAAAAUAUUUGUUGAUUUUUCUAUACAUAUUGAGUGCAACAGUGGAAUUAAAUUAUUUAAAUUCAGAUGCAAACGUACGUUGUGUUUGACAUGAAAGUUUAGCUUAACCAGACAUUGAUAUGGAACAGCUAGAGGAUGCAUGCAACUAACAUUAUACAUUGACAUCAAAUCCAUUUGGCUAAGUGUCAGUCAACUUUUAAUAAAGCAAUUAGCAUGAUCCAAAUUUCACUUAAUUUUCCUUAUUUGUAACACUAAAUUGUAAUUCCAAUAUCUGUGUUAAUUAGUUUACUGUAGCGUAUGUAAAGCACUUGACAGGUGUGCGUGCUGUUACUGUCAGUAAUGUUUUUGUACUUGUAACAUUGCCAAUACGUAAGAAUUACAAUUCAGUGUAAUUAUAGUGCAUAGAAAACCUCA